AAAUACAUCUUUUAAAUUGUGACUCAUUAUUUAAAAAUGCAGCCAAUCUUUAAAAAAUACGUAGCUAGAGAUGCCUUUCUACCUAUGCAUUAAACGGAAGAAACCUGAGGUUCUCCGUCGUUGAACCUUUUGCCGUUAGAACGGGAACGCAACACAAGACUGAAGCAGCUGCACACCGAUGAAGCCAAUGACAGCCGCCCGCUAGCUAAAGUCAUGGCGCUGCUUAAACAGAGUUGCUGUGUUGCCGGUCGUUUUUCCACAAACCACCUAUGGCUGAGUCCCAGGAACAUUCCACAUGUUUACACGAGCGGUGUGACUACCGCGGCCAAAUCCUCUCCAGAUCGGGCUGACAGGAAGAAGGAGCUUCUGACCGACGACGGGCCGGAUCUGCAGGACUUUAUUUCAGGGGAAUUGUCGGAGAAAAGCAAGUGGGAAGAGUACAAAGGCACCCUGAAGAGACAGAAGGGAGAGAGACUGAGGCUUCCUCCAUGGCUGAAGACUGAGAUCCCAAUUGGAAAGAACUUCAACAAGUUGAAGAACACACUGCGAGACCUCAACUUGCACACGGUGUGCGAGGAGGCCAGAUGUCCAAACAUUGGAGAAUGUUGGGGCGGAGGGGAGUACGCCACGGCGACAGCCACCAUCAUGGUGGGUUCUAACACCACCACCUCCGACAGCCUCCGAUCGCUGAUGGGCGACACCUGCACCCGCGGGUGCAGGUUCUGCUCGGUGAAGACUGCCCGCCGGCCCCCGCCUCUGGACCAAGACGAGCCCUACAACACCGCCAAGGCCAUCGCCGCCUGGGGGCUGGACUAUGUCGUUCUGACCUCGGUUGACAGAGAUGAUAUCCCCGACGGAGGGGCGUCACACUUUGCGAAGACCGUUUCGAAUCUAAAGGAAAGAAACCCUCAGAUCCUGGUGGAAUGUCUCACCCCGGAUUUUCGCGGCGACCUGGAUGCCGUGGCCGUGAUCGCCCUGUCGGGGUUGGACGUUUACGCCCACAAUGUGGAGACUGUGCGGGAGCUGCAGAGGCACGUCCGCGACCCCCGAGCAAACUUUGACCAGUCCCUGAGUGUCCUGAAACACGCCAAGAAGGUCCAACCCAACGUGCUCACCAAGACCUCCAUCAUGCUGGGGCUCGGGGAGUCGGAUCAACAGAUAAUGGACACUCUGACGGAGCUGCGGGAGGCCGGAGUGGAGUGUCUAACGCUUGGCCAGUACAUGCAACCCACCAAACGCCACCUGAAGGUGGAGGAAUACGUCACUCCUGAAAGGUUCGCUCACUGGGAGAAAGUUGGAAACGAAAUGGGUUUCAUCUACACGGCCAGCGGGCCGUUGGUCCGGUCCUCCUACAAAGCAGGCGAGUUCUUCUUGAAGAAUCUGCUUAAAAAGAGAAAAGCAGAAGCCACAACAGCAGAGUGAAAAGCUUCCGGAAGCUUUUUUAAAAACAAAACUUCUACCAACCUGCAACUAUAAAAAGACACUGAGACAAAACACGCUUAGUCCACGGUCACAAUAACCCGUUGUUUGCACCUGUAGCGCAGGAAAUUAUAACAAAAAACAUUAUCUAGUAAAUUCAAAGACAUUAUGCAGCAUAAAAGCUCGAAGAUGACGUUGUUCUCAGGUCCAGCUGUUACAGCUGUUCAGAGAGGUUGACAUCAGAAGCAGCUGCAGAGGCGCUUGUACGCAGACCUCAUCUUUGUAACAAUGUCAGGACAAAAUACGACUUGAAAGGGAGAAGAAGCUGUAGCUUUUAUUCUGGGCUCCUCGGGGGGCUCAUAAAUCACCACCACCCACAGAUGGAUUACAGGUAAAAAGCUUCCAAACCAUCCUCCAACCAGUUUUGUUUGUGGGGCUAUGAUGCCUCACUCCAGAUUUUAACGAAGCAGAACUUGUUUGUUUUAUUUGUUUAGCGAGUGAGACCGAGAAGGGAAGUUGUGCGUCUGAUGUAUAAAAACAAAGCUUUUUGUUUUCAGGGCUCUGAAACAGCCCUUUUAAAAUAGACCCUUUCCUGUUGGUAAAAAAAAAAAAAGCCCUCUCAUCAUUUGAAAAGAUGAGGUUUGAAUUCAGUGUAGAGAGGUUCAAACAGAUGUGUGGCUCCCAACCCUGAUCAGCGAAAGAAAAGCAACUUAUGAAGUGUAUAUUUGUAUUUAAAGAAUUAAAAUCCUUCAAUCUGUA